AUGAAUCGAGAUGGAAGGACUUAUUCGUCUACUUCUCCGGCAUCACUUUCUAGGAUCGAUUAUGGAGAAAGACACGAUCAAGGAAUGCGACAAUUAACAGAUGAAGCAGGAGCAAAUCGCAGUCCAUGCUCAAAUAUCUAUCCCGGCUCAGCAGCAUUUAGUGAAGCAGAAACAGCAGGCAUUCGAGAUUUUAUCAGUUAUCAGAUUCUUGACCUCAAGAUUUACAUUAGUUUGCACAGCUAUGGACAGUUAUUCCUCGCACCAUGGGGUUAUACCAAUGAUAAACCGAACAAUUAUUAUGAUCAGAAGCAGGCAGCAAGCUUAGCAGUAGAGGCUAUUCGAAAGAGAACUGGUGCAAAGUAUAACUAUGGAACUAUUUCUGAACUAAUGUAUCCAGCAUCAGGAACAAGUAUCGAUUAUAUGCAAGACAAAGGUAUACCUUAUAUCUAUGGUAUUGAGUUGAGGCCUGAAGAUGCAAAUAACAACUUUGGUUUUACUAUUCCCGUACGAUUUAUUGAACCUACAGGCUAG